AUGAAAAUAAAACUCAAGUUACCUGUGACAGUUGCAAAAGAUACGGUUUGUGGUAUAUGUACGGAGAAAAAAAAUUGCAAUUUGUAAAAAAUGCUUCACGCUAAAAUAUCAAAAAUAAAGAAAAAUUAAUAAAAACUAAUUACUAUAACUGAUGUAAUUUUAUUGAGGUUCGUUUUUUCUACUUUAACUUCAUGAUAGAUAGGUCAAUUUAUAUUCUUUUCUAAUUAAAUACCGAUAGGGGCCAUUUUUACCUUCUUGGUAGAAAUAGGUGUAUAUCAAAGUACUCAUGGUAAACCUAGUGUUAAUAAACAUGUGUAAAAUGAAAAUUUUACAGUACCAAAGUUUAUGUUUUUUUUAUAAUCAUUAUUAUAGUCAAAAUAUUAUAUCGAAAAUCCGUUGAAAUAUUGUUUGCGAACGAGAAGCAGAAGUAACCAUCAUAGUGUAUAUUGCUCUUUAAAAAAGUAUCUAUAUAUAGACCGGACUUUGGCACGGUGCCCACGUCUUUAAAUACUUUCCUUUCAAUCGUUGAAAUGGUGAAAAUUUUCGUGGCCGUAUAUAUUUUUAUAAUUAGCAUAUACGAACUGAGGUUGUGUUACGCAAAAUGGAAAGCUAAAAUUAUUCCAAAUAAUCGUAUUCGUCGCGUUUAUCGCACCGAAUAAUUAUUUCCUACCAAAAUAUUGAAAUUCAUUUGAAUAAAAGUGAAACAGGAAAAUUCGAGAUUUUCUUGUUAAUUUAUUGACUUCAAUAAAUGCAGACGGAUCGUUUGGUUAACAGAUCUAUUUUCCAUUUUAUUCCAGCGAUCACUGGAAUAUUCUAUACUUGCUUCUUCAGCGUGCUGGCCUUGCUCUUUGCUAUUUGCAUGAAAGGACUGUUAGCUACGCUAAAUUAUGAAAGACCAAGGUGGAUUCUGGAGGAGAGUAUAAUAGGAACCAAUCCAGGUUUAGGAUUUCGGCCGAUUUCCGAAAACACCGAGGAGAGAUCGUUAAUUUGGUACAGCUCGUCAGACCCUAGUUCGGUGCAAAAAUGGACAGGCCUGUUAGAUAAAUUUUUAGAAGAAUAUAUUAAUUCAUCGAUGUUACCAAACGGUGGCAGAAAUCAACAGAUUUGCAAUUAUAAUACGCCAGUUAAACCUGGACAUGUUUGUGCGGUUGAGGUGAACAACUGGGGACCUUGCUCGCCUAGUCAGCAAUAUGGUUUCAAUAAUUCAGCUCCUUGUGUCUUCGUUAAAUUAAAUAGGAUAUAUGGUUGGGUACCAGAAUAUUAUAACAAUACCGAAGAUUUGCCAGAGAACAUGCCAUCAAGUCUUGUUGAACAUAUUAAAUCAGUCAACAGUUCAUGGUUGAAUACCGUGUGGUUAUCAUGCAAAGGUGCAAACCCACACGAUAAUGAAGAAAUCGGUGAAUUGAACUACUAUCCCGAAAAUCAAGGAUUCCCAGGAUAUUAUUAUCCUUAUCAAAAUAUUCCUGGUUACUUAAGUCCUGUCGUAGCUGUACAUUUCCUUCGGCCAGCAAGUAAGUAAAUUAUAAUUCUUUGCAGCUUUCGUUGUCAAGAAAACACCUCAGAUAUGA